AUAAUGACUCAGUAACCCAAGUGCUUGUUGCGUGUGUUAUGUGAAUGUGUGUGUUGUGUGUGAGAGCAGGACAGACAGAUGCGUUGCCAGUAAUUUCCUCAGUGCCCCGAUGCGCUCAUUGGUGCGUCCCUCCAACGUGUCACCAGUUUUGGUGGAUUACCCCAGAUAUCUUCACCAUCAGGAGGGUGAAACACCACUCCUUUCUCUCAACUCCUGCUUCACGGUGUCCAGCUGCUAGCAAGAACCUCUCAUCACUUUUUGGGACACCUGUCCAGCAGACAACUCAAGAAAAAGAGAUUUUAACGUCUUUAUUUGAACUUUUACGCACGUCGAUCACCAAAAUGCAUCGUUUUACGCCGGAGCCGAGGAUGACACUGUCUUUCUAUUCAGCGUUUUUAAUUUUGACACAUUUGCUGAGUGUGUUUGUCAGUGGCUCCCCAGGCUGUGCGUCCUGUGGCUUACAGGGGACGGACAAAGAUGCAGAGGAGACGCUGAUGGUCGAAUUCGCCAAGCAGCAACUUCUGGAGAAGCUACAUCUGAAAGAGAGACCAAACAUCACUCAGACGGUGCCACGAGUGGCGCUCCUCACUGCGCUGCGCAAGCUGCACGCAGGGCGCGUCAGGCAGGAUGGGACUCUUGAAUUAAACAACAAUUUACCAACCAAAGACCAAGGCUAUGAAAUAGUGAGCUUUGCAGAUAUAAAUGAGACAAAGACCAGUGAGGAUGCCAGCCUCCACCUUGCCUUCCAGUUUCUGCAGGAACAUGGCCAGAGUAUCCAGGUCCUCCAGUCGUCUUUGUGGAUUUAUGUGCGUUCAUCUGAGGAUCCUUACAGGAACUCCCGCCUUGCUGCCAGAGUUUUCCUUUCUGCAGAUAAUGGCCAGUUGGGCUCUAAUCGCUCUCUGGUGAUAGAAAAGAUGUUGGAGGUCCAGGAGAGUAACUGGCACACAUUCCCCACCACUCGGAUCCUGCAGGCCUUUCUGGAUGGUGGCCAACACCGGCUUCACUUUGAGGUCAGCUGUGAAGAGAAUGGCAAGAAUCUGUGCUCCCUCCAUGGCAGUGCUGACACCCCUUACCAACCGUUCCUGGUGGCCCAGGUGCGCCUCCGUGAUGACCACUCCAAACAUUCUAUCAGAAAGCGCUCACUGCGUUGUGGUGAUGACGUGACCGUGUGCUGCAAGAGAGACUUCUACAUCAAGUUUAAGGAUAUCCAGUGGCAUGACUGGAUCAUUGCACCUGAAGGCUACCAUAUGAACUAUUGCAUGGGACAAUGUCCACAGCAUCUGGCUGGUUCUCCAGGUAUCGCAUCAUCAUUCCAUGCCACCGUCUUCAGUCAGCUCAAAGUGAACGGCAUCAACACAGCUGCAUCUUCAUGUUGUGUCCCCACUGAGCGUAGACCUCUGUCCAUGGUGUACUUCAACUCGCAGCACAGCAUUGUAAAAACAGACGUCCCUGACAUGAUAGUAGAGUCCUGUGGAUGCACAUAAAAACAAGUUGUGUGCUCUAAAUUUGGAUAAAUGCAGAAAAAAUAUCUGUAGAUUGCAGAUGAGCAGAUAUAAACAUAUAUACAAAUAUACAUUGACAAUGAUUUGAGACACAUUUAAGUAUUUUUCUGUCUUGGAACAGAAUGAGAAUGCUGACCAGAAAAUUAUACAUUCUUUUACAUCUAAAUGCUGGAUGUUUAAUAUCAUUUCACAUAUGCUUCCAAAACAACUAGUUUUUAUUAAUCCUUCCUGUAGUUUGUUUGCUUUGUCUCAAAGUAGAUGCCGAGGUGUGUUGAAACAGACAUAGAAUUUGUUGGUUUACAUGGCCAUGAAAUAUCACUGUAAUGUCACAAACACCAUCUCAAAUUUUUUUCUUAAAUUGUCCCUCAAAAUAAUAAAAAAAAAAUUGUAACUCCAAACCAUUUUUAAAUUACUUUUUUAAUUUUGUACAGUACGUUCAGAGCAGAGUGAAGGGAAAAACUCAUCCUUUCAAUUUCAGUGCCUAGAGGCAACUGAGUUCAUCUAAUCGAACACUGCCUUUGCCUGUACAGUGUGUCAGAGGCAUAAAUUAAACAAUAACACAGAAACAAGAUAUGGCAAAAAAGCUGUUACAUUUGUGUAAAUGUUAAAAAUGUAAACCAGUAAAUCCGGUCUGGGUUGAUUCAAGACUCAAUGAUAGUUUCUUUUUGUUUGUUAAAGUUUGCAACCCAUACUGAGUGCAAAUUGAUUAACCUGAAGCCUUCACUUUAGUGUGCAUUAUAGCUUCUUUUUUUUUUGGUCAUGUAUAUUAUUUAUUUUGCAUUCCUCUUUUGCGGCUGAGAUUCAGUUCAAAGAUGCAGUAAUCUGUUUGGUGGAUGUCAGUAAAUUGGGAGCAGAACUGCUGCAUUUCAGUGUCUUCUGAUGCUUCUUCACAUGCACUAUGCAAAAUGCAAGCAUAUUUUCUUACGCAGAACUGCUAUUUUUCUGUGUGUAAUCUACAUCUUUUCAUAAUUUAAACCAGAAACGCUGCCAUUUUUUAGCCAUUUUAAAACAAGGCCUUUUGAAAUAACAAGGAGGUCCUUGAUUUAAAGUGUGCCUUCUUUUGUCUUUUAAUGACAGUAAUGAGUGCAACUGGGACAUUAAAUACCAUGUAAUAAUGUUUUCAUGCUUAACCGUUCACUUUGAGUCUUUUCAUGCGGACAGUUGUUUGUAUUCCCAUUCUGAUACUCUUGACUUCUGUUCACAUUACGUCCAACCUGUGAAAUCAGUCAAUCAGUUUUAACUGGCCAAAUAUGCUCGAGUCAUGUCUGAGUAUGGCCGAUGCUGAAAUGUGUGGGAUCAGCAUCUUGACUGUAUUAUUUACACAGCUCUGCUUAUCAGUUGGGUAAUAGCAGUUCUGACACCAUAUGAACUCAAGGUCAUUUCUUAGCUGCAUGAGCAAACAUUUAGGUAUUGCCACAGUGUCAGGAAAUGUGAAGGUCUGUGAAGUAGGCUGGCCACUGGGCAUGUGCUGUUGCACGUUGGCAUUUAUACCUGUCAAAGUCUAAAGUCCUUCGGGGUGAUGUCAGAGUAGAUGCUUUCAAGAUGAUCUAUGAAACAUUUUGGGAUUUUGAAAAUAUAUCGCUUGUAUUCGAUUUGAAAUGAAACCAUUGUUGUCUACUACUUUUGCAUACAAAAGGCAAACAUAAUAUCAACAACUUAUAGUCCUAUUGUUGGUCAUUGCAAUUUUGUUUUCUUCAUAUGGAAAUUCCCAUAUGAAAGAAAUAGAACAUCUAAAGUCCAUAAUUCUGAGAACAAUAGAAUAGUAAUAAAAUCCUGGACAACCACUAUCACAUCAUAAAUAUUCACACUGGGCCAUACUGUUAUGAUAAAACAUGUUUGACAUGUGUCCAGGCCUUUUCUCUUUUAUACAUACUAUAUUUACAGUAAACAAUGAGGAAGACAAAGACCUUUUUUCUGCUCUUGGUGGUAGAUGUUCCCUUGUGGGUUUAAUCUUACUGAACUGGUAAACAGUACAGCAUGUUCGUGAUACACAGGCAACAUUUGGUUUUGCCAGAAAAUUAAAGCAAUCAUCUUUCAUCGCUUUUCUGCCCAAAUAUUCCACAAACAUAUUUCACCAUUGUGUCAUGGCUUUACUUUUUGAAUCUUCAGAAACUUGUUUCAGCGAUGGAGUUUUUUUGUCUUUUCUUUUGUUUUAUUUUUUUUUUAUAUUGUCUUGUAAGCACUUCCUGUCCAUAAGCUCAAUGCGACAUUGAGGUGCCAUUGUAACAUAACUUCCUAAGCACUUUAUUACCCUACUGUAUUUUUGGAGCAAAUUUUGUUUUACUUACAACUCAGGUGGUCACAGCUUAAGUUUGUAAGUACAAAACAGAAAGUUGUAUACUUGCAGAACAUCCAGGCAGUAUACAGAUUCAGGAAUUUUUGUAAACUUGUAAAUUGUGAAAAUGGAGCCAGAAUUGAAAUUCUGUCUCAUUUAAAGAAAUAAUCAUAUCUUUAUUUUAUUUUUUUGUAUAAUACUAUAUUUUGUGCUAAAUGAUUUGUAAUAGUACUUAAAUGUAAAAUGUGUGUCACAAUGUCCUAAAGUGUUAUGAUUACAGCCAAAGUAUAUUUUUAAUAAAUAAAUUAAUACUUUAUUCAA